AUGCUUCUUACAAUAACUUGGGCAGCUGAGAAUGGAGCAACGGGCGUUGAGCUGGAUCUUGAAUUUACUGCAGAUGGUGUUCCCAUUUUAAUGCAUGAUGAAACAGUUGAAAGAACAACUGAUGGGUCUGGAAGAUUGUGUGACUUGACUUUUGAUGAAAUUAGGAGGCUUAAUCCAUCCGUAAAACAUAGGCUAUGGAACAAAUUCAAAGGUGAAAAGGUACCAACUCUGAGAGAAGCUGUUGUGGAGUCUAUGCAUCAUGAUCUUAUCGUCUACUUUGAUGUCAAAGGCCAUGCAAAUCAGGCAGUUGAUGCCCUAAAACAACUCUACCUGGAAUUUCCAUAUUUGUAUAACAACAGCGUAGUCUGUUCCUUCAUGCCAGAUGUUGUUUAUAAGAUGAGACAAGCUGACAGAAAUGUUGUAACAGCUCUAACACACAGGCCUUGGCAGCUGAGUCAUUUUGGAGAUGGGACACCCCGUUUCACUUGCUUCUGGAAACAUUAUUUGUAUGCGAUGAUGGACAUCAUUCUAGAUUGGAGCCUACACACUUUCUUGUGGCAAUUGUGUGGGGUUUCAGGUUUCCUCAUACAGAAGAAUUUUGUUUCUCGAGAGUAUAUGAGGCACUGGUCUUCAAAAGGAAUUCAAGUGGUUGCCUGGACAGUGAACACAUUUGCUGAAAAAAACUACUACGAAACCGUCCUUGAAUCCAGCUACAUCACCGACAGCUUGGUGGAAGACUGUGAUCCUCAUUACUAGACCUGCACUUUGCAGACAUGUGCCAACCUAAAUAAGUCAUCUACUCGGGCAGGUCUGAAUUCACCA